AUGUUUGAGAAGAGAAACUGGAAAAAUUUAACUGAUAUCGUAAUGAAGUCUACAAAAAUGAAUAGUGAUGAGUAUAGCAACAAAAAUCAAGCAGAAAGACAGAGCAAAUUAAGAGUAUACAUCCCUUUGAUGAAGCUUGUUGAAAAAGAUGAAAACAAUGUACCUGCCUGGUGCUUGAAUAUCGACAAAGAUGAUAGCUUUGGAAAAACUAGCUUAGAUAAAAGAGCUGAAGUUGAUGCUAAGGUCAAGGAUGGCACUAAUAGUAAUGUAGAUAAAAAUGAGGAAACUGUUAUUAAUGUUGAAAAUUGUAACCAUCACGUAAUAGAAGUCGAUGGAGGUGUUAAUUCGAAUAAACAAUAUGGUCAUAAAUGUCUUAAUGAUAAAUUAAAUGAUCUUGAAUGUGAUGUAAAAGAGGCACGAAAUAUUGAACUUGGAAGUGAUAACUUGAUGAAAGGUAGCAAGAUGAUGAAUAGUAUGGUGUUGACAAAGUGUUGCAUUAUGAAUCCAGCGUGGUUGUCCAAUUUAAGCCGUAGAAUAAAUAGAGUUGCUUUGAAUGCUAUGAGCAUUGAAAAUGUGAGGAUGAAAGAUUGCCUUGAUAAGGAUUAUGAUUCAGAUAAUCCUUAUCUUUAA